AUGGCGGGCGUGGGCGCGCGGUCGGCGGCCGUCGGGCUGGCGUCGACGCUGUCUUGGAUGCUGGUGUCGUCGGCCCUGAUCAUCGCCAACAAGCGCGUCUACUCCAAGGGCUUUGCGUACCCCAUGUUCGUCACCGGCGUGGGCCAGCUGGCGUCGGCGCUCGGCGGCUUGCUGCUCGGGUGGCUGUCUGGCAAGCGCAGCCGCAGCCUGCCCCCGCUGGGCUGGCUCGUCCCGACGCUGGGGCCCAUGUGGGGCUUCACAUUCCUCACCAUGUGGCUGGGCAACGCGGCCUACCUCCACCUCAGCGUGGCGUUCAUCCAGAUCUUCAAGGCCAUGACGCCGGCUGUGACCCUGGUCCUGGCCGUGAUUGCGGGCCAGGAGCGGCUGACGCUGCCACUCCUGGCGAGCGUGACGCUCAUCGCGCUCGGCACGGGCGGCGCCACGUUCGUGGAGACGGGCGCCCCCUCCUGGAGCGCCCUCGGCGCCCUGUUCUUCGUCGGCAGCAGCUUCACCGAGGCGGCGCGCGUUGUCGGCUCGCAGCGCCUCAUGAGCGCGCACCAUUUUACGAGCGUCGAGACGCUCGUCUACGUCUCCCUCCCCGCGGCGGCGCUGCUGAUCGGCGGCAGCCUGGUGUCCGAGGGCACGGGGCCGCUGCUCCUGUUGCGCGGCGUCGCCGGCGCGCUCGCGCCCAUCCAGGGGGAGCUUGCCUACGCGGCGGCCCUGAGCUUCCUGGUCAACCUGACCUCGUUCUGGGCCAUUGGCAGCACGGGGUCGCUGACCUUCAAGGUGGCCGGCUGCCUGAAGAACCUCGCCGUGAUCUGGUACUCGGUCGCAGUCAGCCGCGAGCACGUCAGCGGGGCACAGCUGGGGGGAUACCUCGUGUCAGUGGCCGGGUUCAUGCUCUACACGCUCGCCAAGUCGCAGCCAAGCGGCCGCGCCGUCGCGCCUGCCGCGGGCGCCGAAAAGGCGAAGGCGGCGUGA